AUGGAUAAACAGACUUUUAAAGCUGCGAUACUUAUUGUAUCUACUACUGCAGCUAAAGAUGCAUCAACAGACUCCUCAAGGCCUGUCUUGAGAGAUGUCUUUGAGGGCACACAUGGCAUGUGGGAAGUUGUAGAAACGAAGAUAGUGAGUGAUAAUGUGAUGGAUAUUCAGAGAAGUGUGAUGUCUUGGACGGAUCAGGAGAAUACUAUCAAUGUUGUGAUUACUACCGGCGGGACUGGGUUCGCCGUCUCAGACAAUACUCCUGAGGCGAUUAUACCACUUUUACACAAGCAAGCUCCUGGACUUGUUCAUGGGAUGCUUGCAGCUUCAUUGGCAGUCACUCCUUUUGCUCUCAUGUCAAGGCCUGUAGCAGGCGUUCGCAAUAGGACAAUCAUCAUCACAUUACCAGGAUCACCAAAGGGAGCAAAGGAAAACCUUCAAUCAAUAUUGAAUCUUUUACCACAUGCUUGCCUUCAGGCUGCAGGAGCCAAUUCCCGAGCUCUUCAUGUAGGAGGCGUGAGAAGGCUUGAGAAAGAUGCCGGCUAUACACCUCCACCACAAGCUGUGAAAGUGGACGUAGAUGGAGGCAUUGUAGGGUCUGUUCUUGCGGAAGAUGUGACAGCAAGUGAGGCUGUGCCAGCAUAUCGCGCUAGUAUUGUAGAUGGAUAUGCCGUGAUUGCUACAGAAGGUAAAUCGAAUAGAGGCGUGUUCCCUGUAGCAUCGAUAUCUCACGCCACCGCGGGUGAGCAUCCUCAGCUGCAGGAAGGUCAGAUUGCACGUAUUACAACUGGUGCGCCUCUCCCGCCAGGAGCUACUUCAGUGGUAAUGGUGGAAGAUACUGUGCUAAAGACGAUGACCGAAGAUGGUAGGGAGGAGAAAGAAGUAGAAAUUUUAGCCGAUGGAGUAAAGCCUGGUGAGAAUGUCAGAGAAGUCGGUAGUGAUAUUAAAGCAGGGUCUGUCAUUAUGCGCAAAGGGGAAGAAAUAUCUGCCAAUGGUGGUGAACUGGGUCUACUCGCAUCCGUAGGUAGAGCUGAAGUUACUGUUUACAGGAAACCAAUAGUCGGUGUUCUUUCCACUGGAGACGAAAUCGUCGAACAUAACAAGCCUGGCUCUCUCAGGAUGGGAGAAGUUCGUGACUGUAAUAGACCGACAAUCAUGGCAGCGGUACGAGGUCUAGGAUUCGAAGUCGUAGAUCUCGGCAUCGCUCGGGAUAAAUCCGGGGACCUAGAACAAACACUGCGAGAUGGACUUCGUAGCGCUGAUGUUGUCAUAACCACAGGUGGUGUAUCUAUGGGUGAACUUGAUCUCCUCAAACCAACUAUUGAGAGAUCAUUGGGUGGAACGAUUCAUUUCGGACGUGUUUCGAUGAAACCAGGAAAGCCUACAACCUUCGCAACAGUGCCAGUGAAGGACAAUGAUGGUGAAAGAGUCUCUAAGGUCAUAUUUUCUUUGCCUGGAAACCCAGUUUCCGCUAUAGUUACUCUUCAUCUGUUUGUUCUUCCUUCUCUACAUCACGCUUCUGGAAUAUCCCCUGUAGGAUUACCAAAACUUCCGGUAACUCUAUCACACGAGUUUCGUUUAGACCCUCAAAGGGUCGAAUACCAUAGAGCGAUUGUAACAAUGGGCAAGGAUGGUCUUUUGUACGCAAGUAGCACUGGUAUGCAGCGUAGCUCAAGGGUUGGAAGCUUGAAGAGUGCAAAUGCAUUAUUAUGCUUGCCAAUCGGAUCGGAGGGUUUACCGAAGGGGACAGGGGUUGAAGCAAUUCUGCUGGGUAGAAUCAGGAGUGAACAUGAAUUUCAGUAG